AUGGCAACCUCUGUACAAUCACUCCCACACCAAGCACUCAGGAUUGAGGCCACGUUGUCCAACCUCGUGGCCUUUGAGUCCUUUGACCUGCCUCGGAGCAACCAAAAGGUCCUUGGAAGCCCUCACCCGGCCAACACAGUCACCCCUCUAGCACUAAGGCCCUGCACCGCCGCCGAUACCAUCACCGGCGCAGAGCCCACGCUCGACAAUGUCAUCGAGACGGUCAAGUUUCUACAAUCCCAGCCGCAAGGAGGCGUUCUCACGCAAAAGCUAGCCCGUCACGGCACGCUGCUCUUCCGCGACCUGCCCAUCCACGACGCGCAGGACUUUAGCAGGUUCGCGCACGCGUUCGGCUGGACGGCCCACGAGAUCAUCGGCAUCGUCGUCAGUCGGCCGGUGCUGGCGCCGAACGUGGCGCCCGCGAACGAAGCCCCCAAGGAGGUGCAGAUCUACAACCACAACGAAUCGCCCCAGGUGCCGCACGCGCCGGAGUAUAUCUUCUUCUACGGCCACCGGGUGCCCGAAACGGGAGGCGAGACGCCCAUCUCGUCGUCGCUGGAGCUCUUCCACCGCGCGAAGCAGGAGAUGCCGGAGUUUAUCGCCAACCUGGCCGAGAAGGGCAUCCUCAGCAAAGUCACGUACAAGCCCGAGGUGCAGUACGCGGGCGGGUCGACGCUCCGGCAGGCGUUUGGCAAGGAGAUCCAGGACGGAGAUGACGAAGCCACGCGCAGAGCGAAGAUCGAGGCGCAGAUCGCCCGGUACGGUCGAGGCCAGUAUACGACGUGGGAGUGGCGCGACGAUGGGAGCCUUGUCUUGACCCACAGGCUACCGGCGAUCCGCACGCAGCCGGGGACGCACCUCCCGACGCUGUUCACCGGGCUCGCUGCGUACUAUAAGCGCUUUCUGGCAGCCCAUGAUGGCGACGGAGAUGCGAGGAAGAACACCACAGAGCAAUUGUACGGCGAUGGGACGCCGAUUCCCGAGGAAUACCUGGCGCGGUUGGCCGAGAUCACGGAUGAGAUUCGCGUUUUGCAUAAGUGGCAGCGUGGCGACGUUCUCGUGUAUGACAAUAUCAUCGCGCAACAUGGCAGACAGCCUUGGCAAGGAGAGCAAGAAGAUCGGGUCGUGAUGGCGAGUCUAUUUGACGGCGUCGUGCCUGGAGCGUACGUGCCGGAGGAAUGGGCUCAGGUCGUGCAGGCGCUGGAAGGAUAG